UGAAAUAUUUAGAAGAUCAUCAUUCUCAUUGUUAUUGUUAAUUUUUUUGGAUGACUUGUUCUCAGUCUUUUCUUUUACUAAGUUUUCAUAAAUUUGAGGCUCGUUGAAUGUGUAGAUCAUUGUAUAUAAUAGCACUUUCCAAUUUUUUGCACAGACUAAGUAAUAAUAAAUAAAUAAAUAAAAUAAUAAAAUCUACGGCAUAAGAAAGAGACUCGCAUAAAAAAGUGCCGCGUAAAUUGAGGGGCAGGUAUAUGUCAAUAUGUCAUCAUGUACUGUGACACACAUGUGCGAAAUGCUUCCUACAUCUGUCGCCAUGUUGAUCUUUUUUGGCUUCACUUGGCAAACGCUUUCCUCUAGUGAAUAUCCAAGCCUGUAUAUAUGAUCGCGGGUUUAACAGUGACGAUAUCAUUGUAUCUAAUAAAAUUGAACAAUGUUAUAAAUAUUUGUUUGCUAUGUAAUUAUAUGUAACUAUACAACAACUGUACUGUAUGUAACUAUACAAGUGAAUUUUCUUUAAUAAUUUAAUACCGAACGAUUACAUCUAUCAUUUACAGUAAUGCAAUUUGUAUUUUCGCUCUCAUCUAGAUAAAAUUUGUAAAUUGGACAUAGGUGCAUGGAAUACCAACCUUAAAGUACGAAACAUAUAGUGUGAUGUGUGUUUGCAUUUUGUUGUAAUGGUUGUCAAAUUUCUUGUAUAUGCUAAAUUAAGAAAUAAAAGAUAUUAUCAAGAAAUAACACCUCAAAAGGUUAACAAAGCUACUUUAAAAUUACAGUCGAGACCAUUAAAUAUUGUUGUUAUUAAUAUUUAAUAAAAUUUAAGUUAGAAAGACAUACAGAGGAGAUUAACAAUACAGCAUGACAUUACCUGGGAUUGGAGUCUUUGGUACAGGAAGUAUUGUUAGAGUAAUUAUUCCCUUUCUAAGAGAGAAAGGCUUUAGAAUUGAAGCUAUAUGGGGACGUACACUGGCAGAAGUGUCAGAAGUUGCAACAGAUCUUGAAAUACCAUUUCAUACUAGUCGAAUUGAUGAUGUACUCCUCAGGAAGGAUGUUGAUUUGAUUUUUAUUAUGUGCUCUCCUAGCUUACAUGCACAAAUUGCGGUAAAAGCAUUAGGGAUAGGAAAACAUGUUGUGUGUGAUAAACCUGCAGGUUUAAGUCAAAGCGAAUCAUUAAAAAUGGUGCGAGCUGCACAAUAUUAUCCUUCUUUAAUAAGUAUUGUUAAUCAUAGUUUAAGAUUUUUACCAGCAUUUGUUCACAUGAAGAAAGCUUUAGAAGAAGGAUAUUUAAAUGGUCCUGUAAAUGUAAUAGAAGUUAGAGUACAUAUGGGCAGUUUAUUACACAAUGGAUACGAUUGGUUGUGUGAUGAUACAAUGGGAGGAGGAAUUUUAGCCUUAGUUGGAAGUCAUGUAAUCGAUCUAAUUUUUCAUUUAAUUGGUCAACGUGCUUCAAGAGUACAUGCUGUAGUCCGGACUUUCACGCAAACUACAAAACAUAUAAAUGGAAUUAGACAUGUUACAUCACCAGAUUUCUGCAGUUUCCAAAUGGAAUUAAGUGGUGGCACAUUGGUAACAGCAACAUUGAGUAAUCAUUUACAAGGGCAGCUUUCUCAAGAAGUAUUAAUAUGUGGAGGUGGUAAUCAUCUUCUUGCACGUGGUGGAGAUUUGCAUGGUUGUCGUAAUGGACAAGAAGAAAUAUUAUAUCAUGAUACAGAUGAUUUACAAGAUAUAUCAUUUCCCAUUGCUGACUCUAUUCCAAGACCAUAUAUCAAAGGAUUAAGAAAAAUGAUCACUGCACUAAGAGAAGCUUUCCAAUCUGUUGAAGAUAAAAAGGGUUGGAUAAAAGAACCAGUAUUUUCUGCAUCAUCUUUUGAAGAUGGUUUAUAUGUACAAGCAGUUAUUGAUGCAUUAAGACAGAGUAAUAAACGAAGAGAAUGGGUAAAAGUUAAUAUUUUAACAGAAGAACCAGACCCAAAUCCUCUAUUAAGUGCAGCUGUUAGAGCUACAGCUAUAUCAAUAUAAAGUGGACAUUAUCUAAAAAUUCUAAAAUUAAGUGAAGACUUUUGACACUCAAAAAAUCAUAAGUUUACUCAUGAGUUAACUUAUAACUUUAUAUAUGUAUAGUAUUACUAUUUACUACAAGGCAGCUCGAAAAAUAAUGUAAACCAAAUUAUUGGACUAUAAAUUUUAAUUAAACAUCUUAUUUAGUACAAAA